AUGCCUUGGUUCAGUCCUAAGCGAUGCCCUCUUCCACAAGAGGAUAUUGUAUCUUACGCCUUUGGUAACUGCGACUACGAUCAUGAGAAACCCAUAUACCAUGACCUAGAGAAUCCGGAAAGGACGAUGUCAUGGACACAAGUUCGCUCAAUGGUAAGAAAGCUAGUAGCAGGAAUCCGAAAAGCUGGGUUGCAAAAAGGCGAUUGUUUUAGUAUAAUGUCGUUCAAUGAUGUAGUAUUGACAAAUCAACAUAUUAUGUACACAGCAUGUUUCCUAGGGGGUAUAGGGGCGGGAGGAAUAUUUUCGGGCAUGAAUCCAGCCUAUCGGGCCCAAGAAAUACGACACCAUAGCAAGGUUGCAGAAAUAAGACUUUUUAUUGUGGAGCCAGAAUUGCUUGAAAGUCUUCAACAGGCUCUUCCCGACCUCUCCAAACAGAAUAUCUUCAUUUUCAACACCCGUGGCCAGAGGGUUCCUUCAGGUUUCCGCUCUUGGGAAUGGCUCCUUCAGCAAGGUGAACAGGACUGGGAUCGAAUCACUGAUAUUAAAGCCUUGAAAACGACAGAAAUUGCUAGACUCACUACAUCAGGUACAACAGGCCUCCCAAAAAUUGCUAUGCAGUCCCACCAUAAUGCUACUGCAUUUCACUUCAUGUAUGACCAGACAAAAGAGAGGCCGUGGGAGUCUCGACAACUCUAUGUUCUACCUUCCUUCCACGUAGCGUCUGUGCCAGCUAUGCACCUUUUCCCGCUGCGUAGUGGUGCGAAGGCAUGGGUCAUGAGACGUUUCGAGCUUGAAGCCUUUCUUGCCGCCAUCGAGAAAUAUCAUAUCACUGAGAUAGGUGUGGCGCCUCCCUUGGUCCUUGCAAUCAUCAUGUCACCUCUGAGGCACAAGUAUUCGCUUCUCUCAAUCAAGGCGAUCGCAUGUGGCGCCGCUCCACUCGAUGCAAAGUCGCAACGGCGACUCCAAGCGUUAUGUGCUCCUGACUGUAUCUUUACUCAAGUCUGGGGAAUGACAGAAACAACAUCAGCACUGAGUUGUUUCCGGUAUCCAGAAACGGACGAUACAGGCAGCGUUGGAAAUCAAUUUUUGUACAACACAGACGUCAAAUUAAUCGAUGGAGAUGGAAAAGACAUAACUGACUUUGAUGUCCGAGGCGAGCUUUGUGUCCGAGGUCCAACGGUCUUUCCAGGAUACUACAACAACCCGAAGGCUAAUAGCGAAUCGUUUACCGAGGACGGAUUCCUCAAGACAGGAGAUAUUGCAUAUUGCGACAGAAUAUCUAAGAAAUGGUAUAUUGUGGACAGAACGAAGGAGUUGAUAAAGGUCAGAGGCUUUCAAGUUUCACCCUCUGAAAUCGAAGCUACUCUGCUAGGACACCCAGAUAUCAUAGACUGUGCGGUUAUUGCAGUACGUUUUUUGGAAAAUAACAACGAAGAAAGGCCUCGAGCAUAUAUUGCACGAAGACCAGGGGCAGUGAUAAAUGAAACUGAGGUUCGCAAGUUCAUCUCAGAAAAUUUGGCAAGAUACAAGGCUUUAACUGGCGGUGUUGUAUUCGUUGACGCGAUCCCUAAAAGUGCAGGUGGAAAGAUAUUGAGACGAGUACUGAGGGAAGAGGCUCAACGUGAACUGCAUUCACAUGUCAAGCUGUAG